AUGGACCUCUCAAGCCUCGACCAGCGGGUGCGAGACACCAUCCAAAAGCACUCGUCCGACGAUAUCCCCUUCCGCGCCACCACCAGCCAUGCCCACAGGACCUGGGCCCGCACCUUCACCAGCAAGCCCGAGCUGUACAUCCGACCACAGUCCGUCCGCGAGGUCCAGAAGGCCGUCAACCUCGCCCGCCAGUGCAGGCGGCGCAUCACCACCACCGGCGCCGGCCACUCGCCCUCUGACCUGACCUGCACCUCCUCGUGGCUCGUCAACCUCGACGAUCUGCGCGAUAUCAUCCAUCAUGACACCGACACCAACAUCGUCCACUUCCAGGCCGGCAUCCGCCUGUGGCAGCUUGGCGAGGAGCUCGACCGCAUGGGCCUGGCCAUGCCCAACCUGGGCAGCAUCAACGAGCAGUCUGCCGCCGGCGUCAUUUCCACAGGCACUCACGGCUCCUCCCUGCGUUAUGGGCUGAUCAGCCAGUCCAUCGUCGAGCUCGUGAUCGUCACCGCCGACGGCCAAGCCCGCACCUGCAGCCGCACCGAGAACAACGAAUUGUUCCGCGCCGCGCUGCUGUCGCUUGGCGCCCUGGGCAUCAUCGUGGAGAUCAAGUUCCAGACCUCCGCCGCCUACUCACUCAAGUGGACUCAGACCAUCGACUCCGAUGCUGUCAUGUUCCGCGAUUGGACCUCCACCCUCUGGGACCGCGGCCACUUUGUCCGCGUCUGGUGGUUUCCCUACACCCGCCGGUCCGUUGUCUGGACCGCCAACGUCACCACCGAGCCGCACCGCGAUCCCCCUCGUGACGGCUACGACGGUACUCUCGGCUAUCUGGUCUACCACAACCUCCUCUGGCUGACCCAAUACGUCCCACGCGUCCUUCCGUGGGUCGAGUGGUUCGUCUUCGGCAUGCAGUACGGCUUCCGCGACGGGAGCACCACCUCAGCGGUGCAGCCGCAGCGCAAGGCCCUGCUCAUGAACUGCCUGUACAGCCAGUACGUCAACGAGUGGGCCAUCCCGCUGAGCAAGGGGCCCGAGGCCAUCAGGAGGCUGUCGUGCUGGCUCAACAACCUGCAGCCGGGCGACCGCGACUACUGCGAGCACCGCAUCCCCUUCAGCAGCCGCGGCCUGUGGGUGCACGCGCCCCUCGAGGUGCGCGUAACCGACACCUCGCGCUUCCUGCCCAACAUAGACGGCACCGGCGUCGAGUCGCGGCCCUACCUGGACCCGACCUGCAAGGACGGGCCGACCCUGUACCUCAACGCGACCCUCUACAGGCCCUACGACCUUGACCCGCCCUCACUGGAGCGCUACUACGAGGCAUUUGAAUGGCUAAUGCGGGACCUUGGUGGGAAGCCGCACUGGGCCAAGAACUUCGCCCAGGUGAACGUCAAGGAUGUGGAGGACAUGUACGGCGAAGACCUCGAGGCGUGGAGGGCCGUGAGGGAUAAGAUGGAUCCCAGGGGCUUGUUUGUUGGUAGCUGGCACCGACGGUAUGUGCUUGGCGGCGAAUCCCCCCUUCCGUUGGAGGAGAGGGAGGAGAACAAGGUGUUGAGGAAAGGGAAGGGCUGGUUCUGGCAGGGAAAGAUGGCGGAGAACUGA